GUACAGCAUCAUCAAGUUGGGCUGCUGUAAUAGAGAAAGGAUAUUAGAAGUCUUCCUACUAUUGAGAUCACACAGCCGGACGGUCGGUCAGGCGGAGGGGGCUCGUCUGGUUUCUAUUCUCAACCCCAAAGGGACUGUACUUGUUUUUUUAAAGGACUUCAUAACAGGUGGCCGAAGGGAGCGUAUUGCUUUUUUGUACAACUUUCUGUCGGACUCUUUAUUCUGAUUCUGGCGCGUCCACGAGUUUGGAUAACAACCUAGCCAGUUACCUUCGCUCCCACAACUUUGUUUUCUUGCCUCAACAUUACUUUGUCAGCACUGCAACGCUACAAGGUCACCAACUACGUUUCGAAUUUCAUCUAGCGUAACACUAUUUAUAUUUUUUUCCGAGAGGUUUAUCUUAAGCAAACACCACGUUUUCAAGCAAAGAAGUCCAAAAAGUGUUUUUGGACACGCAAGCAGUCAUUUAGCGGGAAUAUAGUGCCAGCCAGCUGGGGAACAAAGACGUCUGAGACAACAACAGAAGCGAACACCGGUAACUUAUUGCCGCCAGUCUGACUCUGGUUUAGUAAUCGACGAGGACUAAUUUCUGUUUUGGAUGAGAAAAUAGAUACGGCAUUGGAGUUUGUCUAUAAACACUCGCGUACCAUCAAAGAAUACUAGCUAGUGUAAAUCCCACAAGUCAACUUUAAAUGGCUAAAUAGUCUGAAGAUAAAUUGGGCAGUCUCUUUAAACUUACGACCCAAACUAUCACUUCUUGAAGACAAAUCGGUUAUAUUUUGGGGAGCGGGCCGGCUAUCUGACUUCUGAACUUCCUCGGAUUUUUUUUUCUCCCAUCACUUUUGACGAACCUAGCCGAGAAUGAGCUUUUGACAAGUUAGCCCAACUGAGCGGACUUGCCAUACCAUUGUUCUCUGUUUUGGAGAGGAGCGGAUCCCUUUGUCUUCCUACUCGAGCGAGAUGAGCCUGAACCUCACAACUCCCACUCUCCCUUUGCGUCUGAAACGAGUGGACUUUGAAGACCCCCACGACCCUGACGCCUUCAAAUGCAAGCGUCCCAGACUGAGCCAGCCCCCCUCCCCUGGACUUGCCCCCUGCCUCCGGCCCCUGUCCCAGAGCCAUGGCCCCACCGGCCCCGAAAAGCACUGCGUCUCCCACAUUGGACCGUACGUCCUGCUGGAGCCCACGGAAGGCACUCAGACCUACAGAGCUGUCCAUCGCAUUACAGAGCAGGAGUACACCUGCAAGGUGUUCUCUAUGAAGAAAUACCAGGAGCUUAUUGCACCAUACACACGCUUGUGUCCCCACGACAACAUCUGCCGCAUCGCCGAGAUCGUCACCGGGGAGCACAACGUCUAUGUCUUCUUUGAGCGUAACUAUGGCGACAUGCACUCGUACGUGCGCACGUGUAAGCGGCUACAGGAGGACGAGGCGGUGCGUCUGUUCUCACAGAUGGCGACAGCGGUGGCACACUGUCACGAACACGGUGUUGUGCUCCGAGACCUCAAGCUGCGCAAGUUUGUCUUCACUGAUCCCCAAAGAACCAAGCUGGUCCUACAGAACCUGGAGGACUCCUGCCUGCUGCAAGGCGAGGACGACUCCCUGACGGACAAGCACGGCUGCCCAGCUUACGUGGGGCCGGAGAUCCUGAACUCGCGCCACUCGUACUCAGGGAAGGCGGCUGACGUGUGGAGCCUGGGCGUGGUGCUCUACACCAUGCUGGUGGGCCGCUACCCCUUCCAGGACGUGGAGCCGGCUGCUCUCUUCAGCAAGAUCCGCCGCGGCGUCUUCACCAUCCCGGAAUCGCUGUCAGCGCGCGCCCGCUCGCUGGUCUACUGCAUGCUCCGCAAGGUGCCCGUUGAAAGGAUGGCCGCCACAGACAUCCUUCUGCACCCCUGGUUGCUCUGCGGGGGCGGUAGCACGCCUUCAGGGCCUCAGCACCCCAGCUCUAGGAACUGCGUGGACCAGGUGGUCCCGGACUCAGGGUGUGGCGAAGACACUGGGGACUAUCUUUGAAGAAGAACUUCCAAAAAAAUGAAAAGUCCUGUCCUCACCGAGGGCACUGACUUUGUAGUGUUCUCCCCCCUGGCACCAGCUUCCUCUGGUGUCCCCCCCUCCCCCCACCCCCGAGAGGGAGCGAGGGGAUUGCAUCAGAUGGUAUGUGGAGGUCAGGGGUAGAGAGAGGAGGAGAAGAGCAGAUUCCUCAGCUACCGCUGCAUAUCGCUCCGUGUCCAUGCCAUGAGUGAUGUGUGAGCUGGCCUGUCAGGUACUAGCUAUAGCUCUUUUUUUUUUUUUUUUUUUUAAAUGGCAGCAUCUGCAGCAGAGACAAGAGAGUGUUGCCUGGACACACACACACACACACACACACACCAUUAAAAAAAGUUGUUCAGUAUUUCACUUUUUAUGGCGUCUGUGCUGCAGUCAGUAGAAAGUAGCCAAAAAGACUUUGGAGCAAAACAAAAAAAGUCACUUGGCUGUUGCAUUAGCAGUUAGAAAAGCAGGUUUUCCAGACUUGUCGUAACUCACAGAAAUGUUAUUUUGUGAAAAAUGCAUUACGUUCGGCAGUAUUUUUACAGAGUUCUGAGAAGCUUUGAUUGGUUGUUAAAAACACUGAAACAUUGGUUAGUCUCAGUUUGACCCUCAGCUGUAAAAAAAAAGAAAAAGAAAUACAAACUUUGAGACAGCUGUCAGAUACCUCUUUAAACUUGAAUCCUGGAAUACUUGAUGCACAAGGUGUGCCUUUUUGUUAGUGUUGUUCUUGUUUUACUGUUUACAUAAUUUGCAGUGGGUAAAUUAUCCGGAUCUGACCAGUCAAAAGUGCCUUUUUCAGUUGGAUAGUUGAUGUGUUUUUUUUUGUUUUUUUUCCCUUCUGUUCACCGGUCUGGAUGAAGAGGAAUACUUAACCAAAGACUGAAUGCUCUCCUCAGUCCCAACUCAGGAGACUGACUACAAUGUAACUCUUCUGAAGACCCGUCUUUGUCUCCUUGUGAAGGGUUAAUUAUACUUCUGUAUUCUUUUGAAAGCCUAAUAUAAUUCUGUAUUCUGUACAAAAACAUUUUGUUCCUUUUUUUUUUUUCCUUUGCUUGUUAAUCUGAAGAUUUUGUGAUGUCGCCAUUUUAGUGCGCAUGGAAACUCGCUCUCAGAUUAUGCAGUCCAAUUCAGCAGUGACUUGGGACUUGAACUGUCUGUAUUAUGUAUGCAUAGUGGAAAAGGGUUUGAUCCCUCAAGGAUACAGCGCUCUAGUUGUCUCCAUUACAGCAACUUUCCAUUGAAUGGAGAAAUGGUGUGACUAGAAUCUGUCCAGCAAAACAAAGGCAUUACAGUACAUUUGUUGUCAGUGGUGAUGCCUGCUUGCAGAUCUUGAGAUGUUCAUCAAAACCAUGAACCUCUUUCGCAACUGUAAAUACAUUUUUGUUUUGUUUUUCUAAAAUCACAAAAACACUACAUACUUUUUCAUGUUCCUUCAAGUGGAUGUAUUUCUAGGAAGAAAGGUAUUUUGUUGGUGCCAGUAAAAAAAAUAUGGAAAUAAAAUAAAAAUCCAAAUACAGUU